AUGUCGCAGCCCGGAAGUUCAGCAACAUGGGGACCUGGAGGCGGCGAUGGUGCUGCUGCCCCAAAUAGUCGUCGAAAGAAGGUCUACGAUUACUUCAAAGCAGCGAAUGAGUUGCGUCAAGCUUAUACAUCGCAAUGGUCAGGACAAAGGAAUGAACACGACGAGGAUUACUACAAUACCCCCGGUGCUUUCCCAGAUGUCGAGAUUGCACGGUCAGGCGAUGAGGAGAUGGUCGUAUUUCCUAGUUAUGCCCGAAGACUGCCGGAGAAGAGCGCCGGCAAUGGCUCGCGCGCGCGGCGUGAUUCGUUAUCUGAAACUAUCAAUGAAUACCGGGGCGGAGCCGAUGAGGCUGACCAUUCCUCCACUCCUUCUUGGGAUGCGACAGAGAGUGAAGAUGCAGUAGUUGCUGUUGACGUGCGUGGCUGGAUCUACUCUCCUGGGCGCGGACCGAUUAGCCGAAAGCACCGCUUGAUGAUUGCCCUGGCCAGAAAGCUGAGUGGGAUUCCCGCGCCUACUGGAACGGCAAAUGAUGAUGGUGACGACAAAGGUUCUGGAAGAACAGACGACGAAUACAUUGAUAGAGAGAUAAAGACAUUAGUCGCCAAGGCCGAGAAGGAAGCAGACCCAGCUUGGAAGGGCUCAAAUAUGGAGCGAGACACCAAAUCCGCACCAUUGACUAAAGAUGAAUUGUCUAUUGCAAAUGCCCACCUGAUGGAAAGACUUCGUCCUUUCUUGACAAAUCCUGUGGGGAGUAUCCCAGUGACUGUGUUCUUCUUCAAUGAUACUGAUAGUAAAUCUCGGAACAUCGCGACGGAUGAAUCAGGGCAUUUUUCACUUCGCGCUACAUUGCCCUUUGUGCCUACUCAUAUUCGUGUGUUGGCCUCUGAGGAUCUGUCUGCUGCAAGACCGAUUGAAGUCAUUGAUCCCGUCGGAAUCAGUUUGAUCAGUGACAUCGACGACACAGUAAAACACUCGGCUAUCGCGAGUGGAGCGAAAGAGAUGUUCCGCAACACAUUCAUUCGCGAAUUGGAUGAACUUACCAUCGAAGGUGUUAGUGAUUGGUACUCCAAACUAGCCAAGCAAGGCGUACAAAUUCACUAUGUGUCGAAUGCUCCCUGGCAGUUGUAUCCCCUUCUUGAGCGAUACUUCAAGUUAGUGGGGUUGCCUCCUGGCUCUUUCCACCUCAAACAGUACUCAGGCAUGCUUCAAGGAAUCUUUGAGCCCACCGCAGAGAGAAAACGAGGAUCAUUAGAACAAAUUCUGCAGGAUUUCCCUGGGCGAAAAUUCAUUCUCGUCGGUGACAGUGGUGAAGCUGAUCUGGAGGUUUACACCGAGAUUGUUUUGGCCAACCCUGGCCGUAUCCUGGGUGUGUUCAUUCGUGAUGUGACGACCCCACCAGCCCAGAAAUUCUUUGAUAAAUCUGUCGGCCAUCUGGACCAGAUCAAACGCAGUCGCAGUUCACCAGAUGUCGUGGACCAUUCAGAUGCCGUGAGCAACAGACCGACGCUGCCACCCCGAGGUGGCACCACCAUUGAAACGGCAGUGCCCGUAGCAAAACAUGACACGGAUCCAAAAAAUCUUGAUCUUGAAGACUUGAUUGACCUCACAGAUCUUAUCAUUGACGACCAGCCACCCCCAGCUGGACUCACCCAUCCUACCACUCCACGGCCACGUCCUGCCAAACCAAAUAAACCCUCUGCACUGCGCAUGGUUUCGACGCCAGCUGAUCUGGCAAAGUCUUCUCAGCCAUCCUCAUUGCGCCAGUCGACCACCCCUUCGGAUGCUCCAGAGACUGAUACCCAGUCCGCGCCUGCACAAGAGGCUCCCAAGCGCAAACCGGUUCCACCCUUGCCACCCAGACGUGGUUCUACGCCCAAGACAGAGUCAUUGCUCGAUGUAGAUCCUUUACCGUCGAUCCCUCUGAGCAGCACUGUACCAUCAACGAACGGUGUUCCAUCUUCGUGGCUGAAGGGACUUGAUGAUAGGUCUGCAGGUUCUCACAACCCGGCACAGAGUUCUCGUACCAAACCACUGCCUCCUCCACCGCCUCCGCGUCGCUCAAAUACCGGGUCAUCGACAGCCAACUCAGAUCCCAGCGUACCAGCGCCGCCUCCUCGCGCUCCAGCUCCAGCCCCUGCGAGUGGCAUCCAGUCAUAUCCAGCAGCAGCCGCUCAAGUUGCAUAUCAAGGGUUCCAAUAUGCAAGCGACCGGCUCAACUUCUCAGGAUCAUCUGGACUACGACCCAGCAGAUCCAGUCAAUCACUUGGGAAAGCGGCGUCGAAUGCCGAGUCGGGAGUACCUCCUGCGCCCCUGCCAAAUAAACGUGAGGAGCUCUGGCGACGUCGUUGGGAUCGCGCAAGUGAGGUUCUCGAACAGCAUGGAGUUGUGCUGGGCAGUUGGCGAGUUGGAAGCGACGCGCAGCCUGUUUGUUCGUGGUUGAUGGAAGAGGCAAUGAAAGAUAUCAAGGCCGGUCGUUGCAAAGGGGAUCGCUAA